UCCUCACUUGGAGGGCCCAGCGGUGGAACCCCGGCUAGCACAUCACCACCUGUUCCGUCGGCUGCGCCGUCGACAGCGCCAUCGGCUGCGACAAUCAGGCCGACGGCUUCCACCACGCCUGGCGCAGCCCCGCCUCAAGGGCCCAGUAGUGGGAACGAGCAACGUGCAUCCCCAACUCGUGAUACAACAGCGACCGCGUGAAAGGAGGUUCGUACAGAGCCGCCGUUGCUCGACUGCUGGCCCCUCCCUAGUUUGAGGCAGGAGGCCACGCGGGAGGCUGGCCGGAGGAAUGCGUUGAAGUUUGGUCCACUGCCUGAACAAGAGCUUCGACAAAAUUGGAAUGCAAGCAAACAGGAUUUGAUCGACGCACUGACGGGUCGCAUGAAGUGGCGCGCAAGUCUUGGUGUAGAGCCUGAGUGGAAAGGCAUCCGCUACGGCGUUACGCCGGAGAAGAAGAAGAAGCUGCGGCGUAGUCGACAACCUGGUCAGCCGACACCUAACUCGUCCCAGGCCUUAUGCUGUCGGCUGGUGUGCCUGACUUUGCACCCGGAGUUCAAGGACGACUACAUGUGCUUCAAGGGGGGUGGUGAGGGCACAGCGCGCACCGAACUGGACGUACGGGCGACCGGCGCGAAGCACGGGUUCUUCGCCCGGGUUGCCAGGGCGAUGGCAACUCCCACCUGUCGCGACGGCAACGGUAACCCCCUCUCAGUACCCGACGAACACUCCAACGACGAGCUCGCAUCGGAGCAUCUCAAGUCGCUCCUUAAGCGUCUGGACCUAGAGGGGGCGGCUAAGUCGCUGCAAGAGGAACUCAGAGGGAAAUUUAAAGGCGACGAUGGCGCCUUUUAUGCUGAUCUCCAACUGAGAUGUUUCAAUUGGCUGAAAGAAGUAAGGGGCAAGCACACGAAAUUUGGCGAGAACGAGCAAAGAAGUGGAGGGGCCGGUGCGGACGCAACUCAGGACGGGGGAUUCGUCAACGCCCAUAAUCCGUUCCAGUUUAUGCGGGGCGCUUUACCGGCAAUGCUCUGGGAGGACGGUAUCGACCUCUCUGGCGGAGGCGACGACGAGACAUACCGCCCCAGCGAUAUCGUCCUCCCCGAUGGACACCCAGGCUCAGGCAGCAGCGUGCCGGGCGGACCCGGGGUCCGCGGGAGAGGUGAGGCGACACCCGCCAGUUCCGCUGGCAACACCAACUCUCGGAAGCACAAGAAACCCAAGACGGGUUCCGACGACAGGGCGGAGCUGAUAGCCGACACGAAGGAAGUGAUCGCCUUAUGGCGCAAAGCAAGGGAGCAGGAAGUACGGCGAGAGGACCCUGCUUUCGGUGAUAGAGAAGGACCGAGCAAAGGACCUUGCCAUGGAGGGAUUCAUCGACGAUGUUCACAGGCUCUAAGCAAAGGUCGAUUCUGCAUCAUCGAACGUUUUGCGGGAGAAAUAUCACAAGUUGUUGGAUGCCGCUGAAGCGCGAGUGGCACGGGCUGAGCAAAGCAGCGACGAGGCGGCUAUGGCAUCAUCCAGCACCGCAGCCGCGCCCCCACCGCCAUCGGGUCCUGCUGCGCCAUCUCCGCCUGCAGCGGUCGAAGGAGGAACGGUCGCGGGCCAUGUGAUGUAGGAUCUCCAUGGGCCGGGGGCGCACGCCCGUGAUGAUUUGCCGGCGAUGGCGCGGUCCUUGGCGCUUUCAGGCGACGGGGGUGGGGCUUGAGUACUGGUUGCGCCGGCGAGAGGCGGGGAUGGAUGGUGGG